AUUACUGAAACAAAAAUCAAUCGUUAAUAAAUAUUGUGCGAUGCGGUGUACAUCGGUAUAAUACGCUCAUUCAGUUAUUAAAUCAUUUUAUUCGGAGUUUUAUAAAAAAAAAAAAUUGUUUUUGCCGCGUCGAGAAGAGACGAUAAUCCUGGUGAAAGCAUUUGGAAUCAUUUCGAUCGCCCGUAGACUUUCGCGCUAUUAGGAGCGGCAAUAAAAUGCAAGGCCUGAGCGAGUUCGCGUUGCUUCAAUGAAUUUUCGAGCGAGAGACUCGCGAGUGAAUGUUCCGCGAUUACGAACCAUUUAUUCCAUCGAUUGUUGAUGGCGAAAUGUAAGGCGGAGUAUGCUCUGUUUAUCUAUGAGUGGAUCUGCGAAUACCAUUGCAUUCUCAAAUCAAACACUCCGCAAUCUACAAAAGCCUUACAUCCUCCGGAUCCUAACAGCCAUAAAAAUUUUCAAGUUUAUAGGACCUUUAAACUUUACGAUACUCUAUCUAAUCUAUCGAAUUUCCGGUUUUUUCCGUAAAUCUAAACGUUUUCCGAAUCUACUCAUUUUCUAAUCUCCACACCAGAGGAAACCAUUUCCAAAUAAAUUCUUCUUCAAAUAUUUAAUAAAGAUGCCUUGAUCGAAUCGCGAAUUCCUUGGUUUUAUCGCAACACAAUGACGCUCGAUCGCUCGAUUGUCCGUUUGUCAAUAUUGCUUUUCGUCACGUGUACCUGGCACAAUUCAGUCAUCGGCAAACAACAAUUUAUCGAAAAGCCGCCGCUCUAUCAAGAAGUAGCGUCCGGUGACGAUGUGCAAUUGCAAUGCAAGAUACGAGAUAAGCGUGGCAAUUGCAUUUGGCAGAAGGACCGGAGGCCGGUGGGGAUGCAAGCGGACAAGUAUGAGUGGGCGAGCGGUGGCAGCGAUUGCACCCUGUUGAUCCGACGAGCCACCCUGAACUUCGACGACGGCUUCUGGGAAUGUCAAGUCACAUCCAGUGACUUUGUCGUCCAGGACGCACUCUCGUCCGAACAGUCUAGGUUGCUCGUAAGGGUGAAACCCAGGGAACCUCAACUGGAAUUAAGAGGGGCCCUCUUGGGUGCUACGUUAACGCUGCAGGAAGGACAAGACGUCCUGAUUUCGUGCGUUUCAAGAUACGGAAAUCCACCCGCCCUCAUCAAGUGGUUCAUAGGGAACGACGAGGUAGAACCUUUGGGGGAGCAGAAUAACGCAACGGAGGUGGAUAAUCGGAAGACCUGGGCGGCUCAUAGUCUUCUACGGGUGCGUGGUCAGAGGGAGAAUCACGGUCUGCCGAUCCGAUGUGUGACCGUGCAUCCGUCGAAUUUAACACCGGUCAGCGUAGAAUCGCGAUUGGACGUUCAUUAUUUGCCGGAAGUGCGACUCGAGACGAGUCCGCAGCCGCUUACGUUCGCUCCAGAGGAUUCGGCAAGCUUCUUGAGCCUCAAGUGCCUGGCGGAUGCUAAUCCGGUUGCGAGCAUCAAGUGGUUCAAAGACUCGAUGCCGCUCAGCGCGUCGGUGACCGAUACGGCAGCAUCGCCGUCGCCGCCCUCCUUGAUACAAGGCAGAAUGACGCAGUUGAACGACAGCGUGUGGGGCGCCGAGCUACGCUUCGAACCGGUCAAGAGGCACGAUGCUGGCCUGUACUCGUGCAAGGCGGCUAACAACAUCGGUGAAAGCGCUCCUGCGAGUUACAGACUCGAUGUGCAAUAUGAUCCAAAGUUGAAGAAGAUAGAAAAUGAUACUUCCAUGGACAUAGAGGAGACGGCUCUGCUGAGUUCCAAGGUGGAGCUCUUCGAGUGUCCCGAGUUCGAAGCCAAUCCACCCGCUCAGUACAGAUGGAUACAUCUUCGCGGUGGCUCCACGGAAAUCAUCGGAAACCACGUGCAGAACAAGGGUGGUGGUCGACGUCUGCGUCUUGAGAAUAUCAUGUGGUCCGACGAGGGAGAGUACCGUUGCAUCGCCUUCAACACAAUCAACGGGGUCAAACGAGAAACCGCCAGUGAUGUACGCUACGUGCUGCAUGUGACCGGACCACCGGAAAUACAGGCCAGGCCGUUACCAGGCGACCGAGAUUUCUACGAGUCCAUCGGAUGGGUCGGCGAGCCUGUGCACAGGCUCAAGUCCCGCUUCUGCUCACGGCCGCCGCCGAAAUUGGUCGCUUGGCAAUGGGGUAGUUAUCAUAUUCGAGCUGGAGAAAGUAUUCAUCCAAAAUAUGAGGCUCUGCCAUUGGAGCCUAUCGUCGAGAAUAAAAUGGUGACCAACUGUUAUUGGGCUAAGCUGGAAAUUAAGGAUCUGCAAAAGGAAGACGCCCGGAUAUAUACUUUAUUGAUAGAGAGCGAGAAAGGUCGGGAUUCGACGAAUAUCAAAUUGAUAAUGAGAGAUCCUACAGAAAUGCGCGUUAUAGCCGCGGCCGUGGCAGUCGGUUUGCUGUUCUUGUUGCUGCUGAUUUCCAUCGGUGCGUAUACAUUGCUAAGAAUACGACGUGGACGAUAUCGACAAGAGGUGAUGGAGGAAGGCAGUAUCGCGGCCGAUGCGCUCUACAACGGCACAUCGAUAAAUCGACAAAAAUCUGUCAAUUCGUCUCAUGCAAAAACAUUCGCGAGGAAGUCUAGCCUGGACAAUGGCCAGAACGUGUAUGAUUACAAUCACAUCGCGAAGCAAACGCGUGCCAUGAGUCCGGAAGCAUUAAAAGUUAGAAGAGCACCAGCGGUUCUGCAACCGCCUACCAUUGUAUAAAAAAUAUGAAUCUCAUUAUCUUCAUCGGAUUCUAUCUUUGCUUAUAUUCAUUUCCUUUCCAUCAGUCUAGCGCCAUUCUUUUAGGAUUUAAUAUAGAUUAUAUAAAAUCAGAGAUAUACGUGUAUACAAACUGUAUGUUGGUGUUGAUGUUGUAGAAUCUAAUAUUUAGUAAUAUCGGAAGCAUCUGAUAUAAAAUAAGCAUAUUCGAGAGACUGUCAAUUGUUGUUGCAUCUUUACAUCGUUAUUCGUUCUUUCUUAGUUUAUUUAUUAACGCAGUGUUCGUUGUAUUUUACUCGCAAUAAGUAAAAUUUACAGUAGUACUUGUCUAUAUUCGAAAUAAAGAUACAUCGCGAUAAUAUUGUAUAAAAAAAACUCGCGUACCGGCGCAAAGUAUAGUCCGCAUUGCCGAAGCGGAACGAAGCGUAACUUUAAUAGCGGUCGCAUCUCAGUGACUUUAAUGGCGGUUGCGCGACAAGGCGGGAUCAGUGCAAAACUGGACCUCAUAGAAACUGUUAUAUAGUUUCGUAUUUCGAUUACAUAUUUUUAGAUCAAAGAACGCAUAUAUAUGGAGAAAUUUUAAAUUUCUUCUUUUGUCAAACCAGAAACCUUUGAUUAUUGCGAUUAGAUAUUUGUUUCCAAAGUUGUGUAUGUAAGAUCAAUUAUAUUUCAACUUUAUGUCCAUAAAUCAACUUUGGUAACGAUUAUCAUUUUUUUGCA